AUGACAUCAGGGCUUGAAUACACUCACCUCCACCAGGCCACACCACCAGAAUGGAAAUUAAAGGACAAUGAUCCGAGCUGGCACAAACCUCGGGGGGUGCUACAGAGAAAUGCUGGAAUUGAGUGGCUUCGUAAAACAUUUGUCAGUGAUAAAAAUGCAAAAGGAGUCGUCUACUUUGCAGAUGAUGAUAAUACAUAUAGUAUUGAGUUGUUUAAAGAGAUGCGGGAUACAAGUACAGUAUCAGUAUGGCCAGUUGCCCUUAUUGGUGGGGUCAUGGUUGAACGACCUCAUGUCAGCCCUGCAAGGGAGCCCAGAGGCAGCCACAAGGUAAUUGGCUGGCUCACAGGAUGGAGGCCAGAGCACCCAUUUGCAACAGACAUGGCUGGUUUCGCCGUGAACUUGUCUCUGCUUCUGAGACGAGAAAAUGCAUACUUCUCCCAAGAUUCUCAAAGGGGCCACCUUGAGAGUGACUUCCUGGAGAAGGUUACAACCAUGGCGCAGUUGGAGCCCAAGGCAGAGCUGUGCACUAAGGUAUAUGUGUGGCACACAAGGACAGAAAAACCAAACAUGAAAGACGAAAAUAGACUGCGAAAGAUGGGUAAAGCAACCAACGAGGGUAUUGAGGUAUAAAGGUGAUAAAAUUCUUGCAAAUGAAGGAUAUUUAUGUUAAAUAGCCAUAGUAUUUCUGGUGUAUAUGUGUGGUUCUUUUCUUCUCCUUUGUAUAAUUACUCUUUUUAUGAGAUCACCCUUACACAAUGAAGAUUUUGAAAUUCUGUCUAUUGCUUCCAUUAGACUUGAUCAAGUUUCAGAAUCCUUUACCCAA